AUGGACGAAAAUAAAAUGGAACCGAAAAUCACAGAUAAAAAGAGGUUUUCAUCGAAAAAAAUUGUAAGAGGGUGCCUCUUAGCAACAAUUGCAUUCUCCCUAGGAUACCUCCAUUAUCGCUACGUGUCACAUCUCUUUGAGAAUGAUCGCAACUUCGCGUAUCUUUCUGAGAUGGAGAGAGAGAUGUCCUUCCGGACGGAGAUGGGCUUCUACUACUCCUACUUUAAGACAAUGGUGGAAGAGAGACAGUUUAUUGCUGCAAUAUCCAAACUCAUGUACGAUAGACUGGUGGAGUUUCCCAAAGAUGUGAAUGCUGUAAACCGAUUUAAUAUACAUCCUGAAGUAGUCAUAGGAGCCCUGUAUCGGUACUUAGAGCCCUACAUAAACACAACAACAAACCGCCAAUGUCAUAUGGUAGACCGUGGUGGGGAUCUGGCACCAGUAGAAAGCUGUGUGGGCAUAGGACAACCAGUAUUCUUCUACCUGGAGGCGAUAUGGUGGCUGACUGGGCUAACAGUAGCUGCCCUGUUCCUUUAUGCUGCUACAAUAAGUGAAUGUCUGCUCGGUGGACUCCUAGCAGUCGCACAGUACUUCGCGAACCACACCGAGUGUACCAGGGUGCAGUGGGCACCCAACGAGAGGGAGAACUUAGCGGCUCCCUUUCUCUUGCUCCAGACCUGGCUGGUCACAGUACAGCUUAGAGAUAACCAGAGGAGAACGACCUUCCAACUUCAGGUCUCCAUUUUUAUCCUGAAUUCUCUAUGCCUAUUAUUCUGGCAAUUCUCACAGUUUAUAUUUUUAACGCAAACCGCCAUUUUCUUCGUAAUGGAGCAACUACGUAUAAUAGAUGUAAAAUCUUUGUGCAUUUUCCUACAUUCGCAUUUCUGUGGGCUACAUAUGGCAGUGCUACUGUUACAAGGAAAUGAUAUGCUGAAAUCGUCCUUAUAUGCAUCAUUCUUUUUAAUAGUUUCGUGCUAUUGUCUAUUCUUUAGUUCAUUUCUCAUUAAGAUUCAAAAUCGUAUGGAUCUAUUUGUUGAAGCCUGGUUGGUAUUAUUAAGAAUAGCUAUAGUCACAGUGGCUUCGCUGUACUUAAAAAAAAUAAUUAGUAAUUUUCUUGAAGUACAAGAAGACUCCCAUAUAUGGGACAUAUUGUACUCUAAAUUGACUAAUUUUAAAACAUUUCACACACUAAUCUACACUUGUACUGAGGUUUUUGACUUUCUACCGUUUUCUACCAUUCAAAAACUACUACGAUCGUUUUUAAUACCAUUUGUACUACUGGGCAUUGUAAAUGUAUGCCACUAUUGGGUAUCUAACUCUGUGAAAGAGACCGAGAAAGAGAUAGAAGAUGAAAUUAAUGAAAUAGAAAAGGACGGAGAUAUUUCUGAUGAAUCUGACAGUGGAAUCGAAAAUUCAGAUACGAAAACUAGUAAAAAAAAGGCCUUGACAGAUUUGGACCUACUUGACAAAGAGAUAAAGUCGAAAAUUGAAUGUAAAGAAAAUACGAGUGUUGAAAGAGAUUUGUUAAUAUUGUUUUUAAGGAAUUUACGAGUGGAUCCUGGUAUAUUUUAUAGUAUUUCUCAGAUGGUUGUGUUUGGUGUGAUGGCUGUGUUUGUGAUGAGAUUAAAAUUGUUGUUCGUACCACAGAUGUGUGUGGUAUCUUCUCUGAUGAUGAAUUCCAGUUAUUACGCCGUCCCGAAGUCCUACAUGCGGUAUAUACCGUUCUUCUGGAUUGUCAGUAUGACUCCUUUAGUCCAGGAACUGAUACACAGUGUAUCAGAAGAAAUGUCUUUUAUUGGUGAAUUUAGCGACCUACAACAAGAGCAGCUAAUGGAAUGGAUUAUAUCCGAGACGCCCGCGACUGCGGCGUUCGCGGGUUCGAUGCCGAUAUUGGCCACUAUCAUGUUGAUCACCAGGCGGCCUAUAGUCGCCCAUCCUCAUUAUGAACAUCUAGAAGCCAGAGAGCGCGCGUAUGCAGUGUACAAGACGUACGGCCGUUUCACUCCCAACGAGUUGUACCAAGAGCUGAACAAACUCCGAGCCACGCACCUCGUGGUGGAGAACAAAUACUGUUACGGAAAGAGUUCUAAAGGCUGUUCAUUCAAUGACAUCUGGGACACGGAGACGCCGUGGCUUUCGGACCGCGAGUCCACCUGCCACGUGCUCCUCACGCAGCGGGUCGACCAUUUCUUCAGGGUCUUCUCAAACAGACACUACACCGUGUUCAGCGUCCACGACUUUAGUGUCAGAUAUAUGCCACGCAGUUUUGAUACUUGA